GAAUGAAGAUGGGAGAAUUUGAAGACGUGGAGGGGGAGAGGGCCAUGGGAAUCAGAAGGGGAUGGGCUUUGAGCUUUAGAUGUGGUGUGGCCUUGAGGUGGGAGGAGAGUCGAUCCCUCUGAGAAGACCGGGGAGAAGGCCGGGCGGGGAAGGAGGCACAGUGGGCACUGGGCGAGGCCCCCUGCCAUGGUUCUCAUCUCUGUGAGGUAGGAAGUGACACCCUCAGUGAGGAGGGAGCGAAGAGCUGGAGGAGGGGAGAAGUGGGGAGCAGCUCCCUGGCAGAGUGUGCGAGGAGGCGGUCGAGAAGUGAAGGACCUCAGGAGUAGCUGAUGGGGAAGCUUCUCCCCUGGCCUAGGGAGCCCCUCCUCUGACAGGAGGGAGAUGUGCAGAAACAGACCAAGGGCUCUUAGAGACCCCGCCUCCCUCCGGAAGGGACUAGUCAUGCUGCAGGGGCCCUCUGCCGGGGGAGAGAACGCCCCUUCCUGCCCCGUCACAGCCCCCCAGCGGCUCCUGCCCGCUCCCCCUAAUGGGGUGUCCCCCCCUUCGCACACACAGGUUGGCGGCUGGACCGUGGACCCCGUGUGCCUUCUCAGCUCCCUCUGCUCCCACCUCCAUGGCGACUCCGCCCCCUCCGGGGCUGGCCAGCCGGCCCAGCAGCCAAACUACUGGAGUUUCAAGACCCGCAGCUCACGCCACACUCAGGGAGCCCAGCCAGGGCUGGCAGACCAGGCAGCCAAGCUGUCCUACGCCUCGGCUGAGUCGCUGGAGACCAUGUCGGAGGCCGAGCUGCCUCUGGGCUUCAGUAGGAUGAACCGCUUCCGACAGAGCCUGCCCCUCUCGCGAUCUGCCAGCCAGAGCAAGCUGCGCUCACCAGGGGUGCUCUUCUUGCAGUUCGGGGAAGAGACUCGGCGCGUGCACAUCACGCACGAGGUCAGCAGCCUGGACACGCUGCACGCGCUCAUCGCGCACAUGUUCCCGCAGAAGCUCACCAUGGGCAUGCUCAAGUCGCCCAACACCGCCAUCCUCAUCAAAGACGAGGCCCGCAACGUCUUCUACGAGCUGGAGGACGUCCGGGACAUCCAGGACCGCAGUAUUAUCAAGAUCUAUAGGAAGGAGCCGCUCUACGCCGCCUUCCCCGGCUCACACCUCACCAACGGGGACCUGCGGGUACGGCUGCGGGUGCCCAGAGCAUGGGGGGGGGCUGGGCAGAUGGGGUCCAGGAACUCGGGCUCCUCCUCCGUCUUCGCGGAGAGCCCGGGAGGCAAGGCCCGCAGUGCCGGGGGCUCCUCGACAGCCGGAGUCCCCCCUCCCGAGCUCUUCCCCGGGCCCGGGGAGCGCCCGCUCGUUGGGUUCGGGCCGCCCGUGCCAGCGAAGGACACAGAGACCAGGGAGCGCAUGGAGGCCAUGGAGAAGCAGAUUGCCAGCCUCACAGGCCUGGUGCAGAGCGCCCUGCUGCGAGGCUCGGAGCCCGAGACCCCCAGUGAGAAGAUUGAAGGCUCCAAUGGAGCAGCCACGCCCUCAGCACCCUGCGGGUCCGGCAGCCGGAGCAGCGGGGCCACCCCCCCUUUGCAGAUGCAGCUGCACCUGCGCGGCCUGCAGAGCAGCACCAGCGACCUGCGCGGCCAGCUGCAGCAGUUGCGGAAGCUCCAGGUAGGUGGACACGGCAGUGCCAUCUUGCAAGAUAAGAGACCCCUCGGGGCACGUGUAGCUGCCGCCAGUGCUCUGCAAGGCCGCCAAGUUCCCUGCUGCUUCCUUGGCAGAAUGCGGAUGGGAGGAUGCACGUUGUCGGGAGGGGGGUUUGAGCUGAUGUGGCUAAAGACCGGAGCUUCAACAGGAGAUCCAGGGGCCCGUCAGGGAGCUCCUCCGAGGUCUCACCUCCAAGGUCUGGCAUUUCCGAUUUCACUUGGGCACGUGGCCUGGUGGAUGGGUUUUCAUUUUGAUCUGACUGGUGGCCUGAUUUCUUUCCAGCUGCCCGAUGUCAGGGGGCGGGGCUGGGGCCGGCAGGGGCUGAGCGGGUCUCUCUGUGGCUGCAGUGACCUGGAGAAGUCGGUGGAGAAGAUCCAGAGAGAUGUCUCCCACAACCACCGGCUGGUGCCGGGCCCCGAGCUGGAGGAGAAGGCGCUGGUGCUGAAACAGCUCGGGGAGACACUGACCGAGCUCAAGGCUCACUUCCCAGGCCUACAGAGCAAGAUGCGGGUCGUGCUGCGCGUGGAGGUGGAGGCCGUGAAGUUCCUGAAGGAGGAGCCCCAGCGCCUGGAUGGGCUGCUCAAGCGCUGCCGCGGGGUCACAGACACGCUGGCCCAGAUCCGAAGGCAAGUGGACGAGGGUGUGUGGCCACCCCCCAACAACCUCCUGAGUCAGUCCCCGAAGAAGGUGACGGCCGAGACUGACUUCAACAAGAGCUUGGACUUUGAAAUGCCACCCCCCAGCCCUCCGCUAAACCUCCAUGAGCUGAGUGGGCCAGCUGAGGGAGCCCCUUCCACCCCCAAGGGGGGCAACCCCACCAAAGGCCUGGACGCUCUUGGCAAGAGAAGCGUGGACAAGGCUGUGUCUGUGGAGGCUGCUGAGCGGGACUGGGAGGAGAAGCGGGCGGCCCUGACCCAGUAUAGCGCCAAGGACAUCAAUCGGCUGCUGGAGGAGACACAGGCGGAGCUGCUGAAGGCCAUCCCUGACCUGGACUGUGCGAGCAAGGCCCACCCAGGCCCGGCCCCCACCCCUGACCACAAGCCCCCCAAGGUCCCCCACGGCCAGAAGGCAGCCCCCCGAACGGAGCCCAGUGGAAGGAGGGGCUCAGAUGAGCUGACGGUGCCCCGGUAUCGCACGGAGAAGCCCUCCAAGUCACCACCGCCACCCCCUCCCCGCCGGAGCUUCCCGUCCUCCCACGGCCUGACCACCACCCGCACCGGAGAGGUUGUGGUCACCAGCAAGAAGGACUCGACUUUCAUCAAGAAGGCCGAGUCCGAGGAGCUGGAGGUGCAAAAACCCCAAGUGAAGCUGCGCCGGACGGUGUCCGAGGUGGCCCGCCCGGCCUCCACCCCGCCCAUCAUGGCCUCUGCCAUCAAGGACGAGGACGACGAGGACCGCAUCAUCGCGGAGCUGGAGAGCGGCGGAGGCAGCGUGCCGCCCAUGAAGGUGGUGACUCCAGGGGCCUCUAGGCUGAAGGCAGCCCAGGGCCAGGCCGGCAGCCCCGACAAAGGCAAGCAUGGCAAGCAGAGGGCCGAGUACAUGAGGAUCCAGGCCCAGCAGCAGGCCACUAAACCAUCUAAAGAGAUGAGCGGGUCGAAUGAGACCUCAAGCCCCGUCUCAGAAAAGCCCUCGGCCUCCAGAACCUCUAUCCCCGUAUUGACUUCGUUUGGGGCAAGGAAUUCUUCCAUCUCCUUUUAGAGGCCCCCUCGCACCCCCACCCGAC